UCAGUUUUCGAGAGUGACAAAACAGAAUGUGCCGUUGUCUUGCAUUUUCUUAGGUUAGUUAGUAGCAUUUUAUGGUGCAUUUGGCUUUUUCGAAGACCAAAAAUGUAGAGGAGUUUCCCAAAGUUUUUCAAGUUUUUGAUUCUCUGUGUGCCCGUCUCUGAUUCUGUCUCUGUUCCUUCCCUGUUAUACUUUGGGAGGGGAGGGAGGAGUCUGUAGAUUGUAGAUCGGAAGGUUGUUUUUAUGUUAUCUUCGCUUGUUAUUAACAUGAACCUUUUUCCUUUUUUUUAUUUGUUUUCCUUUUCCCAACGGCAACGACGUUAUUGAUGUGUUUUAUCAUGAAUACAACAUUACGGCAAGUAGUUUACAGUAGUAUACGUGAAUCUUUAGUACUCCGCUAACUGAUAUUUUUUUAAUGAACUCAUGAAGGGAUCUGUAAAUAAAUUAUCCGGGAAAUUAGGUUUCCAUGAGAAACAUUUUUUAAAUGUGAUCGCUUAAAAGUGAUGGCAGAACAAUUCCAAGUUGGCUUUGAGUUUAAGCUUCUCUGGAUUUUAAAAUUGUCAUUAAAAUGACACAGACAAAAACUGUCCAGUUCUAUCUGCAUUUUUUUAAGUGGUACUUACCAAAUGAUAAGAAAAAUUUUUUUUAUCGUUUAGACAAUAUAUUUUUUCCUUCUAAACCUCAUUUCUACCGUACCAUUAUCACCUUUUCUCAAUGGAAAUCUCAGUGUUAUUUUUAUUUAAUAUAUCAUGUUUCCUUUAAAGUAUACGUUUGACCUGUAUAAUUAACAGUAUGUUACUUCUCUCCCGAAAUCUACUUUCGAGGGCAGAAUGCGACGCCACCCCAAAACAAAUUGCAAAAGAUAACAUAAAUGUCGCUAUGUGAGAGAUAAUAUCAUUUUGCCUUACAGAUCACCUUCAGAUCACCUUCACAAUCGUGUCACUUGCACCCACGAGGUUCCCCCAAGUUCCGAACUGCAAUCGAUCGAUCCUGUGCAUGUUAAACAAAUACAGAGCUCUGCCGCGCUUACUGCACACUUAGCACUUUCACUAACGGAAUCUGGGCUGGCCACCUAUCAGUCAGUGAGCGACUGCAAAAACGAGUGCGAGUAUGAUGACAUAGCUGAGACUUAUCGAAAUUCAAGGGCAGCAAGUGAGGGAUAUUCGAAUAUUCACGAAAGCGCACAAGAAAACACAGUGGUAGUAAGUGAUGAGAAAGGAAAACAGCAGCCAACUGCUUUGUGCGAUAAAAAAGAAGAAAAAAAAGAUCAUCUUUAUGCUGUUGUUCAUAAAGAAAGAAAAGGCAGAGCCAGUUCUGAAGCAAGCGCUCUCAAAAAAUCAUCAUAUCACCCUGAGGAAGAAAUAAGUGGGUUACCUGUGAACCGCCGGUCCUGUGUCGAUUGUCUUGGUUGUUCGUCGCUUCCAACUGAAUCAGGGCUCGACAACAACACAAAUGCUGCAGAGAGCGAGACACCUCAGGCUGGAGGGAGCAUUGAAUAUCUGUACGCAGCUAUUGAGAAGACAAAAAAGCAGAAGAAACAGCUACAGGUAAUACAUUUCACAAAUCCUGAGUACACUUCUUUUUAUUUAUUGAUUUUUUUCUUUUUUUUUUUUUUGUCAUGAAGACUUGUUUUACCAUCAAUGCUGUUUAAUCUAAGGAAAAAGUCUUGACACAUUUACUUCUUCGAUUCAAAAUAUAAACCGAUGACGUCAAGCCUACAGCUGAAAUACGGAAGCUGGAUUUACUUUUAGUUAUGUAAGGGUUCCUCUAAAAACUGCAAAGGUAUAUAAAAACUGGCAGACAAACGAACAAAAAUAAAAAACCAAAAACAAGUCACAGCAAAAGGGCAAGACUGACCUUGUCAGCUAAUCGUAUUCGUUUCGUUUUUUUCCUCAUUAGCUUCAAUGAUGCUAACGUUAUUAGGCAUCACUGGUUUCACGAAUGAUCUAUAAGAUAUUAUUGACUUUCUAUGUUUGAUCUAGAAGCCGCUUCCAUACCGUAAUCAUGCGUACGCAAGUCUGGUCCAUUCCCGAGAAAGUAGUGCAAAGCCUGUCAAAGAACAGUCCCCAAACAGUGUAGGCCCAAUUUGAUCACGCCGAGACAGCGAGCGUGAAGAUAUCACAGCAGAAUCUGGAGAAAAAAAGCAAGGGCGAACAUUACUGAACUCUGUUCGUUUCCAACCCUAAAAGUAAUUGCAUGAAGAACAUAAAAAUUAACUCACGCCACAUAUAAAAAUGAUUAAAUUAUCAGUAAUAAUUUUUUUUUUGUCAUUAUAUAUAACGGACUAUUUUGGUAGAAAUAAUUUAAAUGGGAUGGUAUCGUCCACAUUGGCUUUUCAUAUCUUACUUCCAAAUCUGAGCGAACACGCUGAGGGAACCAAAAAAAUAUACAUGUAUAACAAUGCGGAAAAGAAAAUAAAUGUAAAGGAGAAAUAUAGGAAAUCACGUUGCCGGCCCCUUUGCAGAAUGCAGAGAUCUUUUGAAGCACUCCCACACCCACAUGCACGCACUUAAUGAAACUCGUAAUAGCGCUAUGUACCAACCGGCUUGUAAAUGCAGACAGGAAAGGCCAUGAAAUUUAGCUAAAAAAAAUGGUAAAUGCAGAUGAUAAUUGCUGGGAAAAAAAACAAACAAACAAAAACAAAAAAACAAAAAAACAGGCAAAUUAAAUAACAGAGGGUUUAAGAACUUUCUAGAAGUGUUACCUUGAAAUCAAGCGGUCACACUACAAAUACUAUUUCUGCGUGGAAAUUCUUGAUGGAGAAAAGUGAAGACAAGAUUUCCCAGGCUUAUUUUCUGGCAAAAGACACCGCAGUUUAUGACUUUGAUAUUUCCUUUUAAGCGAGAGGGGAGAGUUUCUCGUCAUUCACGGUCUGCAAAAGCCAAACUUGUUACACACGGAAACUUGUAUGUCAACGAGCACGCGACAUGUGACUUACAAAUCUCCUCUCCUGUUACAGUUUCUUAAUUGUUAACUGUGUGAUAAUGAUGAUAAACAAUAAAAAUUAUAGACUAAUGAAUGCUUUGUGCCGUACAAAUGCCGUAUUUGCUGAUUUUAACAAAUCUCUAAAGUAAUAGACGACAGAAGAAAGAAACGUUACGGUUUUCCCAUCAACAUUUCACUUACACGCUUCUUCCGAAACGUUCAAUUUUGCAUUCCAACAAAAUUUCUUGAAAGUUGUUCACAUUUCUAAGCUUCCUUGAUCAAUUAUCUUGUAUAAUGUAAGGGGCUAUAAAGUUUAGGUUUAUUUGCGUAAGUGACCGCUUAGAGCCAGAAUUGAACGACAGGUAUGGUUGCCGAGAAACCUGUCACAGUCGAAUAUUUUAACUGGCAUCCAACAAAAAAUUAUGGUGGUGCCCAAAAAUGUUUUUGGACGGAAUUAAAUUAUUGCUAUAGCUUUUUGGAAAGGAUAGAUAUUUGACCUCGAAGUCAUCUAAUAUUUGUAUGAAUCGAAAAGUUAAAGAAGAAAGCAUUAUUUAAUUGCCUUGACAAACUGUCAAUCGAAUUGACUGAUACUUGCGUCGUGCUUUCAUUAAGGAUGUCCACGAUGGGAGCUAUACCAGCUCUGUAGAAUGAUUUCAUAUCACUCGAUAUUCAUAGCAUGGCAGAAUUUUCAGUUUCCUAAUGCAGCCUCCUUUUUCCUUAAGAAGUAGCCUAGAUGAGUUUCGACCUUUGAAGGAAAUUUGUCUUUAUCAAAAGAAACUUUUGCAAAUAAUUAAUGCAAAUUUUGCGUUGCAUCGAUAAGGAAGUAUAGAAUAAGGAAGUCGUGCAUAGUUUUUCAGUGUAAUGAAGUAAAGAGCUUUUUGUUUGUUUGUUUGUUUGUUUUUCCUUCAUUUUCCCGUCAACCUAAAGAGAACUUCAAAAAAAAAAAUUCUGUAUUGUUGAUGACGACUGAUCCCACUCCGUUUUUUCUCCUAAAUUAACAGCAAAUGAAGACUUAAAUAAUAUUAGAUUAUGGCUACAAGCAAAUGAGUUCAGCCUUAAUGAUGCUCAACGGCUCACGUCAACGAUUGUCUAAGCUUUCCCUAUAACCAAAUGUAUGCAUUGGAAGAGAUCCGAUCAAAAAAGUCAAAUAAACUUGAUUAGUCUAAAUGAAUCUAUUACCUGGAGCAAACAUGUUGAAGAGAUAACUAAAAAUAUUACAGCAGGAAUUAAUGCUUUAAAAUGGCUCAGAGUCCAGAUGUACUUGUUUCAGUUUAUAAUGCACUAAUUAUGGCUCAUUUUGAUUAUUGCUGUGAGGUUCGGGACUCAUUAGGAAGUGUAUUAGCCAAAAGUCUGCAGUAA